UCCUCCUCUUCUCCGUCUCGACUCUUCCAUCCGCGGCUGCUUCUCCCGCUCUCUCUCUCUCUCUCUCUCUCUCUCAGCCAUGGCUCGCCUCCUCUCGCGAACCCUAGCCUUGGCCCGCGCGGACUCCGCCGCGGUGCCCUCCUACGGCCGCCUCCAUGUCCGUGGUGUCUCAUCGAAGGUGGAGUUCAUCGAGAUCGACCUGUCGUCGGAGGACGCCCCCUCCUCGUCGUCCUCGUCCGGCGUCGAGGGGGGCGGCUUCGGGCCGCGGGAGAUGGGGAUGCGGCGACUGGAGGACGCCAUCCACGGGGUACUCGUGCGGCGGGCGGCGCCGGAGUGGCUCCCCUUCGUGCCGGGAGGAUCCUACUGGGUCCCGGAGAUGCGGCGCGGGGUCGCCGCCGACCUCGUGGGCACCGCCGUCCGCAGCGCGAUUGGCGCCGCCUGGAACGCGGAGGCGAUGACGGAGGAGGAGAUGAUGUGCCUCACCACCAUGCGCGGGUGGCCGUCGGAGGCUUACUUCGUCGAAGAUUGUCUUGAACCAGCAGUUGUUGGGUGGGCCUCAUGCUUGGGGAGUUUUGUGUAUAUGGGCUGAGUUUACCUAUGGCUGGGUUGGGUAGAUUUCAGGGAAAUUUUCUCAUCCAGUGGAGAGUUCAAGAAAAGUUGCUACUCAAACUGAUGAAGAGGAAAGCUAAUUUGUUUGCAUCACUUUAGCAGGGACCCCCUGAGAAAUAGGAAGCUUGGAGCUGUCGAGUUCUGCUGAUGUUGUACAUACAGACAGCUAUGAACGUGAGCACCAGCGUGUCAUCUCAUCAGUCGCUUCAGAAGAUGAUGUGCCCAGUGCUGUUACUACUAUCAAAAUGCCAUGAACAUGGAUCCGUGUAUUCCUGCAACACAGUGCCUUGCGCUAUGGUCUUUUUUUCUGAGAGCUUGUACUUGUACCUGUAGAAUGUAGUGUAUGCAUCAAGCUGCUGCUACUGAAUAAAAGAAAAAAGAAAAAUAUAUGUUGUGGGUUGGGCUGAAUGCCUGUACCCCAUGAGCACAGGAUGCUCUCGAUCAUUGAGCGUGCUGUGCACGUCGUGGGCCUCCAACUAAAACUGUAAUCAUCCUUGGGCAGAAGACGGCAGAAAUCUUGAACUUUUUGUUUUGUCUUGUUCUUCGGCUGAUAAUGCUGCUUCUUCUGAUAACAAUUGCCCCUGGAAAUGCUAAUAAUGUAAGAAGAGCACUGCUAUACGUACUAA